AUGGAUCACAUUCAAUACAUCAAGACAAUGCUGGAACAAUCUAUUGCCCAGCGUCCGUGGGUAGUUGCUGGCACCUCUGGAGCUGCAGUGUUAAUAGCUUUCGCCGCAUGGUGUGUCCAAGAUUAUCGCGACUACCUUGCCCUUGGUCCUGGAGGUCCUCCUCAUAACGUGAGAGGAUGGGCAUGGAUCACGUUCGGUAUCCGACCUUUUGCGCUGAGCCGGUCUGGGGCGACUUAUGUUGCUGAUUACCCUACAUCUGGAAGCCAUCCAGAGAUACAGAACCUCCCACGACGAGAGGGUGAUAGAGCGCUCCUUGGAGGAAUUGCUCCCCACCGUCAAUUAUCACAGCAUGCGCCUAAGCGUAUAAGAACUAUCGAGAAUCUCUUCAACAAUGCGGCGCGACAACACCCUUCGAUACUUGAAGUAAAGAAAUCCCUGUACGAACGCCAUCACGACGCACUCUUCGUCUCACAGGACCUACUUCAAUCAGAACCCGAUAGCCUUCCCAAGACUACCAUUAUUGCCAGAGGCGAGCUCGGACACGCGCACCCAGAUCUAUCUGUUCAUCUAUACCUGUCCCCCGCGGACGCGCGCGUCAUUAUCGAGAAAGGCUGGGCUGAGAGACAUAGGCUGUCGGUGCCGGAGACCAGCUGGGUCAAGAACAAAUACGCUAUUGCUAGCACAUACUUGAUGAUCUAUGGACCCCGCGAUGAGAAAGAGAUGGAGAUUUUGAGAAUCAUUCUGCAAAACAGUAUUCGAUUCAUGACUGGUCAUUCUAAGGUGGAAAAGGUGCAGUGGAAGGAAAUUAUUUAG